AUGACAGAAUUUAGCCCUCAAAUGAAACGUGAUGAACAAUUUCCUCUAUUAAAAGUUGAAGGAGGUGGUGGGGAUAGUAAAGUCCAAGCUCCAUCUUCCCCAACUACUACGUCUCCUGGAUGGAAUGUCACGUGUAGUUCAAAACAGUCCUGGUGUAAACGUUGGCCUGAAUUUAUUUCUACUUGCUGGAUGACUAUAAUGUUAUUAGCAAUAUCAAUUUUAGUAAUUUAUGCUUUAGCCAUGAGACCACAGCACCCUGUCGUCAUUGUGAAGUGUAAUGAUACUAAACCAGCGAGUGGUGUAUUUUAUCACAGUAUUUUAUCACAGGAUUAUGUCCCUUUCACGUUUUAUUCUCAAUAUCUCUCGUUCAUGGCGAGAGAAUACCCACUGUUGCGUUUUCAGGUUUAUUUUUUAAUCGAUGACCGCCAGCCAAAACUUAUUAACAGAUUGAUACCACAUAUUGCCGGAUCGUUUAAUACUGUAUUCAAGCAAAAUAAUAAGCGUGAAAUUAGAGAUUUUCAGAAAAGGUUUCAAAAUAUAAAUAUCAAUGUGACAUAUCUAAGCAAAUAUAUGGAAAUGACACCAUUACGAUUUAAGUGGAAAACGAUUCCACGAAGAUACUUAACUUUUUAUGCUAGGAUAUAUGAAAUUUGGCAAAAUGGUGGAGUCGGCUUUGAUCUUGUUACUGUUAACAAUCAGUUUAAUAUUAAUCAAGAUUUAGAUUAUAAAAUUGACGCUAUACUAAAAGAACAUAGUAAAGGUAUAGAACCGGACAAAUAUGCAAAUGUUAUAAAUUCAUUUGAUAAAGAUGAACAAAAUGAAGUAUUUUCAAUGUUUCUCGAUUUCAUCGAUAAUGUUUUCAACCAAACACGUUCAUUUUUCAACGUGAAUAUUAAAAAUAUAGAAGAUAAUUUUGAAAUUAGAACUCAAAGAAAAAAACGUGAAGCUGUUCUUAACAAUAAUGAAAUAGAUUUUAUUAACAAGGACACAAAUUUAAGCAACUACUCAAAUCAAAAUUUUAAUACAGUUUCGAAUAUUACAAUAGAUACAAAGGAAGGAAAUGUGACGAAAAUUAAUAGUUCAAUAAAUAAUGAAAUAGAUUUAAUUAAAAGAUAUGAUGUCAAAGUAAAAAAUAUCUCACUUUUUACGGAGAUACCGAAAGUUUUGUUUUUCUAUGAUAUAUCUACGUUUUCGGACGAAAUUGGUCCGGCUUACCUCAUGCCAGAUAGAGUAAUAAGCUCUGUACCAAAACUUUCUGGCCCAGGAAAACAAAAGCCAAAUUAUCUAUUGUUAAGCCCUGAAGGUUACUUUGUAGCAGCUUCGUCACGACAUCAUCCCUUCCUCGCUCAACUCUUCUCUUCCGGCUGUCAUAGACUCGAUCCGAAAUUCGCGAUUAAAGAGACGCUUUUGAACCAAUGUUCUGGAUUUUUUAGUGAUGAUGUUUAUUGCGAGAAUAUUCGUAUCAUUCAUAACAUUGUU